AGUGGAUGUUUUAUCCUAGGUCCCCGCGCCGUCUUCGCUCCCGGGAGGCUGGACACAGACGGGGCUGGGGUCGCGUUAGCGUCCCUCGAGAGUAGUGAUCUAGAGAUGGAGGCGACGAUAACGAGAUAACAGAAGCCACAGCGGGUGGCAGAGGCACAGCGGAACCUACAUCCAGGAACCGGAAGGGGGAGGGGCAGCCCCACUUCCCGCCUGAGAGACAAGAAUGCGGACCAAUCGGCGCUGAGCCCAGGCCAUUUCCUCUCCUCCUUCCCCUCUCCCGUCCCUCUCUUUUCUCCGCCAUCGGAACCUUUUCCAGGGUGCACCGUGACCGACGGAAGUACUAUCUCGGCGGAAGCCCUGCGAACUUGAUAUAGCGGAAGUGUUCUUUCUUUUCCGUUCUCUUUGGUCCCGGCGGCUGGAGGAAGAUGACGAAGGGGACGUCUUCGUUUGGUAAGCGCCGGAAUAAGACGCACACUUUGUGCCGUCGUUGUGGUUCUAAGGCAUACCAUCUUCAGAAGUCAACAUGUGGCAAAUGUGGAUAUCCUGCUAAACGCAAGAGAAAGUAUAAUUGGAGUGCAAAAGCUAAGCGACGCAACACCACUGGUACUGGUCGGAUGAGGCACCUAAAAAUUGUCUAUCGCCGAUUCAGGAAUGGAUUCCGUGAAGGAACAACACCCAAACCCAAGAGAGCAGCUGUUGCAGCAUCUAGUUCAUCUUAAGGAUUCGACUGUUUGUUAAAAUAAAUGUCCUGAAUGAAAAAUGUAAUUGUGGUCAGUUUCAUUUGAUCCAUUGAUCACCUUAGUCAAAUUAUUGGGUUUUCGUAUAAUUUGUUGGGUUCUAGUUUGUAGAUGCUUAAUAGCCACGAGCUGGACUUAUAUAGUAAUGCAGUCUUAUCAUAGAACAUUUUACUUUUUGUUUGUGACUUAAAAUGUGAGAAGUUAGAGUAUUGGGCCAUAAGGAGGGAUUAAAUCAACAGCUGAGCACCUCCUCCCACCCAUUCACACUUUUGUUGUGUAAGCAUGGGCACUUGCCACUCACAUCUGUAGUACCUACCUUGUGGGGUUGUUGUGAGGUUUAAAUGAAAUAAUGUAUAUAAAUGUGUUACAAACUUUAAAAUAUGAAAUACUAUAUAAAUAUUAGACUGACUUAGUAACUGGACUCCUUUUUGUUCUUUUGAACAAAGUAACUUGAUACCUGGAGAGAAGGAGUCAGAGGUGUUUUCACAGCUCUAAAUUAGCUUGGAUUGUGCUAGCAAAGCUAAAAUUGGGAAGGUGACAAGGCACAGUGGGAAGUCUUGCGUUUGGAAUCCGGACAUGGGUUUAUUCCAGCUCUGCUAGCUAUUUCCUUCUUUUUUCAUCUUGUACAACAUGCCACUGGAGCAUGUUGGUUGUCCAUCUCUAAUUCCUCAGUCUCGUUACGUACACUUUUGUACAUAGAUGAUGCAGUGUUUCUAUUCCAUUUGCAGGAGGGGUAUCAGCUUUGUUUCAGAUAAAUGGGCUUCUAUAUUAAGAAUGCAUUUAGAAAGUUUACAGAAUUUGUAUUUUAUUAAAUUGAAGCUUGUCACAAUGGAAUUGUAAAUACUAGAAUGGGUUUCUUGCAUUUUAGGGGAAGGGACGCUUUAAUUAUACAUUGUGUAUCAGUGUUCAGAGGGACUAGUUGUUGGAAAUACAAAUGCAAAACUUGUCCUACCUUUUGAAGGAAGCAGAAUAUUCCACCACUGAGUAAAGGAAUGUUUUGUGGGGCAAGUAGCUGGCAGGGCCGUUCAAUUGCUAAUAGAUUAGUGACCUCAGUCAUCCGUGGUUUCUUUGUGAUUUUUGUCCAGGAGUAUUCUAAAGUUUAAUAGGAAAUUUAGUACUGGCUUUGGAAUUUUUGGUAGUAGAUUUCAUAGAUUUGAAUUUGAAUCCCAGCUCAUAACCCUGCCCCUGGGCAAAUCGCUUCUGGAUCUCAGUUGUCUCAUCUGUUGACUGGGGAAGAUGAAAUUGGACUGACCUCUGAGGUCCCAUCCAGCUCUAAAUCUGAUUCUACAUUUAAAAUCUCUUGUUGAUAUUUGGAUACUCUGAUUUGUGUUUGCAAGUUCCAUAGAAAUGGAAGGAAUUUCACCAUUUUGUUUAUUACGCAUUGAUUCAACUGGAAAUGUUAUAUUCUAACCUGUACUAUGUUUCUCUUGAUAACUAAUGCAGCACGUUGCAGAUGUUCUCAUUGGGUACAUCAUAAACCCUGUGAGGUAGAUACAAGAGAGGUAACAAGGGUAGUGACGGAUGACUUGCCCGUCUGUGGUCACACCUGGUAAAUACUGGAGGUUAGAAAUAGGAGUUCACUCUUUCUACUCAAAGGAAUGGCACUUCAUGGUUAUUCCAUUUUACAGAUGAGGAAAAUUGCUUAGCCUUAAUUUGUGUAAAGUCUCAGGCAGCAAGCAUUAGAGAUGAGAUUUGACAUGCGAGUAUAAAUCAGUAAGCAUCUGUUAAGUACUUGCUGAUGCCUAGGAAAUACAAAGACAAAGAUGAAAAGGUCUCUGCCCUCAAGGACCUUACCUACCAUUUAGAAAGAAUGCACACAGAAGUUUAUAAAAUAAAACAAGAUGAGUCCCUUAAACAACUGGGACAUUCAGUAAAAAGUUCUUGUAGGAAGUAGCCAUUUGAGUAGAAUAAUGAACUUGAAAAGAAUUAGUAAUUGAUCAACACUGACUACAACCCCAAAGUGCUAGCAUGGUUCUUCACCUCCAGGUGGAGAACUGACAAAUUUUAAAAUGGAAGCAUGUUUUGUUUUCUGGGGUGGGAGGGAGGAGUGUUGGGGCAGGGGAGCAUGGCUAAUACCUAGAUUUUGUUUUAACAUGACUAUAAUGUUUGUAAUAGACUCUGGUUUUUUUCGGGGGGGGGGGGGAAUUGAAUUUUAAUUGAAUUGAAAAUUUAAAUAUGAAGGAAACCAGAGCUUCUGAGAUAUAUAUGUAUAUAUGAUUUUUCUUUAUAAGAUAGGGUAGUGUACCUGUCACCAUGUGUGUGUACUACCUAUCUCUCAUCAAAUGAGAAGAUAAGAGUACCCCAAAAGCCUUAAUACAGUUAUAAGCAUAUGUAAUGUACAUUGUUAAUUUUGUGUAUAUGUAAAAUGCUUAUUAAGUUUAAAGCUUUAAAUAAAAGUCAACUGUUUCC